UCUUUUCGAAAACAUUUUGAAGGGUUUUGAUUUUGUGCCAGCCUCCUUUAAGGGUUUAAGACUUCCAAGAUAGCAGAAACGGAGCAUAGCAAAGACAUCGUCAAUGGCGUCCUCCAUGGGUUCUUUAUCAAGAAGAUUGUCUUUUUCUCUUAUCUCCACCAAAAGACCCUACCCGAGCUCCAUGAAAUUCUGUACAAAUAUCAACUCCAACGAAGAUUUUGAUGAUGACGAUUCCAGUAUUGGUCUGGAUGGGAGCUCAGCUUUGUCAUCAACCUCAUCUUCUCCGACGAAUUCAAAUCAGCAGCAAAAGCGAUUCUUUCAAAGGCCACUAGAGAACGGCCUGGAUGUUGGUGUCUACAAGGCGAUAUUGAUUGGGCAGGUUGGGCAGAAUCCAAUUCAGAAGCGGUUGAGGAGCGGUCGGCCUGUGACUCUGUUUUCGCUCGGGACUGGUGGAAUUCGAAACAACCGGAGGCCGUUUGAUAACGAAGAGCCUAGAGAGUAUGCUAACCGGUGCGCUGUUCAAUGGCACAGAGUUGCAGUGUACCCAGAGAGAUUAGGGAUGCUUGCCCUGAAGCAAGUCAAACCCGGGUCUAUCUUAUAUGUGGAGGGGAAUUUGGAGACCAAAAUCUUUAGUGAUCCAAUAACUGGUCUCGUUAGGCGUCUUAGAGAGGUUGCAAUUCGUAGAGAUGGUCGUCUUGUAUUUCUCGAUAAAGAUGGAGAUGAUAGGCAGCCAACACAGAUGGAAGACUUGAGAGGUGUGGGCUACUACUAAAAUGAAAGUUGGGAAAUUCUGUGACAUUGAUUCAUCACUAUGGAGGGCGAAAGACCACAAUGGCAAAGACUGUUAUAAGCAAGCCAGAUCACACAGGUGAACCAGAGUUUCCAAAAAUGGCAGCACUCAACAAUCCUUUGUACACAUUAUUUCUUUGAAUUAUUAUCACCAGAAGACCACAAAAUUCAUUGUGUAUUUUUUUAGCCUAAAGUUACUGCCUUUUUUGAUAUUUUGCAUCUAUUUCUACUUUGGAGUAAAGAGAAUAGGAGCUGCGGAAGAAUCUUUUUGUUUUGGGAUUCAAGUUUAAAGAUAGGAUUAUCAACAUAAUCAAUACAUUGGUAGGAACUUGUAAAAUGGAAUAGAUGAAGUCCUUAGUCUUAA